AUGGCGGAAAUCGGCGAACGGUUGGGUGCUCUGCAGGACGAAGGCAGCGCGUCGCGUGACGAAGACGGUGGCGUGCUGGCCGGGGAAUCGACGGAAAAAGUUAGUGGUGAAACAGAAGAGAUGGUAGGUACUGCCCCGCGUGGCACACUUGCCGAUGAAGGACUGGACGACGACACGAGCGAGAACGGCGAAGCCAAACUCGUCGUGCUGAAGGUGACCGCGGACGGGCGCGGGAAGAGCUCCGUCACGGUGAAAGUGAACAAGGAGGCGGUGCGUGCGGGCUCCGUCUUGGCUGGAAUGCGCGUCCCCGGAGCAUCGAAGAGCUCGGGCGCGGACUGCGACAAGGACCCCGACGGCGCGAUGAAGAACGCCGUCGUGGGCAACAUGAACGACAAGGGCGGUGCGAAGGAGGGCACUGGCCCGAAUGAUAUGGCAAACGCGGGUGGGUUACCCCGCGAGGUUACCUCUGGCAUGGACACGCUGGAAGAUUGCAUUGAAGAUGCUGAGGUUGCGCGGCUGGAGCGGUUCUCCACCGUGACCAAGGCAAACGACACGGCCGAGUCGGAUAUUCAGGGCCGUGCCGAGGAGGGCGGAACACCUUCGACUGAGAGUACCAAGGGUAGAGCAUCUCAGGCUCGCUAUGGACGCAUGUUCACCGACCGAGAGCUGGAGCUGCUCGAACAGGGUGAGUAUGGGCUGGCGAGCGACGAACCUGAAGAGUACGACAAGGAGUUGGAGGAACGGCUGUUCCCCCGUGACGAAGUGGAAAUGAAACGGCGGAUGCAGGAGAACGCCGCGAGGCAGAAGGCGAUGAGCAUCGAGGAGAUAAGCAAGUUGCUCGGAAUUCCAGUCGAGAAGCUGGAGCGGACGAAGGAGGUAGCGCGGCGUGCCGGCUCCACACCCGAGUACUGGCUGGAAUGGUACGAUAAGACGCUGGCGGUGUCCAGCGAGGCAAAGCGAGCCAAUCGUGACUUCAAGGGGCACGGGCCCUACGAGAAACCAGAAGCAAAGUCGACUGGCCCGUUGGCGGCCGUCGCUGACAGUCCCAACCCGCGCGAAGGAGUCGUCGAGGCCACGAGUGCCGCGGCUGGGUCAGCGAGGGACCACGGGAAAGACGAGGCUGCGGUAGAGCAGGAAGUCGUGAGGAAUGCGUGCUCGAGUCUCGCUACGAACGAGGCAGCGUCGGAGAUCGAGACCAUGGACGAGAUGGACCGUGAAGACAAGACGGUCCCAUUUACCAGUCGGUCGGUGAUACGGAAGGUCGUUCACCGACGGCUGAAGGGGUUGGUGAGGGACGGUGAGGAUGGCGCCGACGGCAAGGACGAGAAGGAGUGGCUACGUGGGCAACUCCGAGUCUCGUUCAAGGGGGUCGACGAAUGGCGGCUGCGGGUAUUGACAGAUUGGUUCGAACGAUAUUACGCCGGGGAGGCGGCGGCCAUCUGCGAGAAGCUUAAGCUGCGCGCGAAACGAGGAGUGGCUGAGGCUCGCGUGGGCAAGGAUAGUGCCCCGGGCAAGGCCGAGAAGCACGUGCCGUUCCAGGUGGGCGGCACGGUGUGCGUGGUGAAGGGGCCUCCUGAGCGAGACAAGGCUCUGGAAGAGGAUAGCCCUCACUGCGUUCGCGUGAUCGGCGCCGUGGCCCGAGUCAUUACUGCAAACACUUUGGCCGCCACAGACAACGGAGCGCACUCAGGUCCAGGAAUACCCAGAGUUUCGACACACUGGGAAUCACUCCCCUGA